CUCUGACUUCCUGUCCACUGGUUCCGUCGAGCCUAAAGUGCUUCGCUCUGUGGGGUCGACUGCACGCUGCCCGUGGAGGCCUGUCAUCGCUUUGUUCAACAUCGUGUCCCUCUCCAGCGUGCACGAACAAGUGAACUGGUCGUGUGAUUCGCAGGCCCUAAAAGUCUUCGAUCUAUUCUUAGCGCGUAUCGCAAACAACACAUCCUGUGCGAAUCGUGGAGCAGGGAACGGCUAUCUUGGGCGUACCGCUGGCCUGGCGACCCAGUAUUUCCGAGUCCUAGCCGACUGGCCGGGCCUCGGCAGGGGAAAAUGAGAGACAUCGCGUAGAUCGUCCAUCCACGUUUUUGAGGCGACCGCGUCUGCGAGGAGCCGAUGUCAUGCUGCGAAAAGUAAUCGUCUCGGUCCCUGGUCCCAGAAACUCAUCGACAAGCCAGGCAAGAGCGGGUUCGGCGCUGCUGUGUCCAGCCCAGUUGUGCUUGCGUCAAAUCUUAUUUUUCUUUGCAUCAGCGCUGAUACAUAUCCAUCACCGGUUAUGCAGAGUCUGCUGCCUCCAGCUCGGUGUUACUUGCUGCGCAGAUCUGAGCCAGCCCCUGGGACGCAAAUACUCCCCGGUGGGCAUGUGAGCGUGUUCAAAUCAGGAAGACGAACAAACAAGGUUCGUCCAGUCGCAACUGUAGGCCUGCCUCGGGGGUUGUUGGCCGGCAGCGCAGGGGACGCUGAUCUGCGCCUCGAUGUUCUCUGUCCCUGCCUUCCUUCAACUCGCAGCCCUCGUGUCCGUAGCGAUCGCUGCCCCCAGCAACGUCACUAGAACCGAGACUGCGAAGCGCGCGACUUGCACAGUCAACAGCGUCUCGAGCGCGUCGAGCCUCGGGAGCUGCACUGAUGUCAUCAUCGAGGGCUUCACCGUCCCCUCAGGCGAGACUCUCACUAUCGCGGCUGCCAGCGGCGCCACCGUCACUAUGGCUGGCGAUCUCGUUUUCGCGAAGACGACGUCGGCGGGUCCUUUGAUUACGUUCAACACUAACAACAUCAACUUCAACGGUGGAGACCACAACAUCAAUGGAAACGGCGCGUUGUACUGGGACGGCCAGGGCACCAACGGAGGUGUGACCAAGCCCCACCCCUUUGUCAAAUUCAAGGGCUCGGGAACCUUCUCGUUCGUGACUGUUCUCAACUCUCCGGCCCAGGCCAUCUCUGUCGGGACCACCGCAGCGAGUGUCAUCGAACGCGUGACCGUUGACAACUCCGCGGGAGCGUCACUCGGCCACAACACGGACGGCUUCGACGUGAGCGCGUCCGACCUGACCAUUGCGCAGUGCACGGUCAUCAACCAGGACGACUGCGUCGCGGUCAACUCCGGAAACAACAUCCUCGUCGAGGACACGACGUGCACCGGCAGCCACGGCAUCUCCAUCGGCUCGAUCGCGUCGGGCAAGUCCGUCACGAACUUCAAGGCCGCGCGCAACACGAUCACCGGCGGCCUCUACGGCCUGCGCAUCAAGGUCGACGCCACCGCGACUGGCGCAUCGGUCUCUGGCGUGACCUACGAGGCGAACGUCGUCUCGGGCAUCACCGACUAUGGCGUCCUGAUCACCCAGAGCUACCCCGCUAACGACGGCACCCCCGGCACCGGCGGCCCGAUCUCGAACGUCGCGUUCAACGGCGGCACGACGACCGUCGCAGUCGACAGCAGCGCGAUGUCCGUCGUCAUCGACUGCGGCGCGUGCUCCGGCAACUGGGACUUCUCUGGCCUCGAUGUGACGGCCGCCGGCAAGGGCCACAGCAUUGUCGCGAACAAUGCCAAGAUCACUGGUGGAACCUACUGAAGAAGACAACAAGGCUCUGAGCGCCGUUUUAUCCGACACGCCCUACCAAACUAAUAUUUAUCUCGCAUUGUAUGUACAUACUUCAACUGAACUGAAUCACACCUAGUCUCCUCCUCAUCCUC